CUCGACAUUUGUCUGCGCAAAAGCGUUUCGUGUGUGUCUCGUACAAAAGUAAAAAAAGACGAAAAAAAAACACAUACACAGAGAGAAAAAAAAAAACCUCUCCGGGCGCACAGUUUCGCGACAGUUACUUACACACACUAUCUAUAUAUCUCUCAUGAUUUCCCUACUAGCAGAAAAAAGAACCACCCACACAAAAAAACUGUACAUAAAAAUAUCAUUGAAAAUUCCCGCAACAAUCGUCGUCGUCGGUGAAUAAACAUACAUAUACACAUAUAUAUAUAUAUAUCUAUAAAACUUGUGUGAGUGUGUAAAAGAAGUGAAGUUUCAAUCGCAUAUAAUAUCAAAACGGAGAUACGUCACUGUUCCGCGAGUGUCUCAAGAAGUUUUGUGUUUUAGUAUGUCUGUUCCCCAAAUAUAGACGAAUUAUUUGACCCUUGUGCAUCUUUUGUGUAGUGGAAGUAAAAAGAAAAAAAAAUAAUUACAUAGACAAAAAUGUGUAAAUAAGAACCUAAAGUUUCUUGCACUGAAAGUGGGGAGGGGAUAAGGAAAAAAAUUGAAUGUGAUAAAAAGUGUUUUAUAUAUUUGAAAAAUGUAGAAGUAUAUAAUCAUUGUGAUUUGACACGUGUUGAAUUUCAUUCUUGGUCCCCUUUGCGAAAAAAUCCCCCAGAGAGUUAGACCCCGGAGAAGGUUAAUCUUAUACGAUCGAUAAACUGUCAAGGAUAUUACAUCCAUGUUUCAUUUGAGAGAUUUUCAUCAAAUCGUAAAAAAUAAUAUUCAUUGCAUAAAGUGAAGUUUUAGAUUAAAAAAGAAAUUGGUUUUUUUUUAAAAUUUAUUAAUAUUAACUUAAAAAGUUCUUUCUCAUGGAGUUUCCCGACAACUUUGAGGAUGAUGCUGAGGAAUCGAUUUUUAACUACGCGCGGCCCUGACAUCAUCAUCUUGUGUCUGCUAAAUAGAAACAUUGUUUUUCGUUUUUAAAAAAAAGAAAAAGUUCAUCAAAAAGUAAUAGGGGUUUUAAUGAAACGAUUUUUUGGGAAAUAAAAUUUAUUCCAAGACGAAACAUUAUUUAGGAUUAUGAUAACGUCGUGUUCGGUCGCCAUUUUGAAUUCGGUUCCAUUUGAAACGUGUGAGUGUGUAUAUGUGAAAAACUUGUUCUCUUCUCUUCCUUCUCAUUUGACGUUAUUUUUUUCUCUUCUUCUUCUUCAUCACUAGAUAUUUGAGUAUGUGUUAGAAAAAGAAAGAGAUGUACAGUGAUUCGGAAAAUUCUCAAAAAAGUGAAAUUCUCGUUGUUAUUACUUAAAAUAAAAAAGAAGGGAAGUUUUUCUCUUGAAUAAAAAGUGUUGAAAGAAAAUUCUCGCGAAUGUCACGAGGAACGACAAAAAGUCUUUAGUCAAAAAAAAAAAAAAGAAGGUUUUAGGUUAAGGUUCGACGUCUUUCAAAACGUCAUUUUUCUAAAUCACGAGUGGUGGACGGUGCCAUUUUUUUUAAUUAAAAGGAUUUUCUUUAGAGGGGGAGGGGAAAAAAAAAUUAUAUUUCACAUGACUCAACAAAAUGACAAACAGUGAUUUGUAUUAUCAAAAUUGGGGAGUGUGCAAAAAGAAUUAUUAUCACUUGAUGUUGAUUGUCAAGGAAUCGAGGACGUGGUGAGAAACUUUUAUUAUUUUUUUUUUUUUUCUCUUGAUUUGUGGACAAGUUUUUUUUUAUUUGCCCCCAGAGGGUAGGGGGGAAAAAAGUUAAUGAGGGGAUCGCGAGAAUUUCGAAUUGAUUUUAUUAAAAAUGUGGACAACAAAAAUAAUGACUAUGAAGAUAAUGAUGUUAAUGAUGAUGUUAAUAAUGAUGAUGAUGAUGAUAAUAAUGGUGUAAGUGGUGGUGGUGGUGGUGUUGAUAGUGAACUGUCGAUUUCAAUCAAAAUGGCCCCUGGGCCGGAACAUCGUCAGGAACCAUUGACAAGUGAUACAAAUAAUAAAAAUACGGAAAAUCGUGUUGUACAAUUGACAAGUGAAUCAUCAUCAUCAUCGUCGUCGUCUUCAUCAUCAUCGUCAUCAUCAAAUAAUGGUGAAACAACAAAUAAUACUAAUAGUGGCGGUGUUGAUGUUUUAAAUAGUAAUUCGAACAUCGAACCUGUCGAUGGCAUUUCGAUUCCCCAGUCCAUUCCAGUUCAUUCCUUGGCUGAUAAUAAACAGGAAGAACCCGCCACUGUUUCCGCAUUGAAUGAAGGAGAACUGAGGGCAUUAUUAAACGAAGCCUUAACUUAUAAACGUCCUAAAGAUCGUGAAGGAAAAUCCGAUCUUUUUAAGGAACUUCUUCAGGAGGUCGAGGCCGAUGAGACCGAGGAAGGUCGUCGAGUAAUCGCUAAUUCUCGUUGUCUUCCUGGUUCAAAUCGUCGACGACAUAAACGUGAUUCAGUUUCCGAACGACUCACACACGGUGGAUCAUUGCAAAAUCUUGCACAGCCUAUUAAUUCAGAAUUCGACAGUAGUUUCGCGUAUCUUACAUCUGGAUCGAGUCACACAUACGGUUGUAGUCGAAGAAAAGGGAAAAAGCACACGGGACCAAGUGUUUCCGCCAGACAACGAGAAGGUGGUUCACUUCCGUCUAACGUCAACGCCUCCCACACGAUUGCAUCGCUUGCCAAUUUUGAUUUGGUCUUCGACAAAAAGCGUUUCUCGGAGGAAAGAAACGUUUGCGACUGGACGCUAAAGGAGAAAUCAAAGUCACUUGACAAAACUUCGUGCACCAGUUCAAAGACGAAAUUCGACGAGAAGGAUAAGGAGAAAAAGGAGGGAGGAAAACGUGAUAUUGCCGGUGGGCCGAGCGAAGCGGAGAGUGAGAUUCGUGAAAAGAGGAACUGCCGUGGCAAACAAGGGACAAAUGAAAUGCUCGAAUCGGAUAACCCGAGCCUAGACUGUAAACGAGAUUACAUGGUAAUCGAUCUGAGCGAUGUUGAGCAGGUGCCAGGUAACAAUGAUCGAAAUACAAGUAGCACUCCAAGUGGCGGCGGGAGUGUUCAAAGAUCGCGCUCCAUCGAGACAGAGGACGAUGAGGGCACGGAAUUGAAGAUAAUUGAGCCAAGACGACCGGUACAAUUUAUCACAAGGGCAACAUUCGAUAUCGCUCAAACGCCCGUUGAUAGUACCAUUGAAUUUCCAUUUCGUGAUCAUCAAAAAGACGAAAAAUCAACAUCGAAACUUGCAAUCAAUGGCACAGACGCAUCGAGUGCACUUCCAUUCACAACCUAUAAUAGUGUUCGCGUUCUUGGUAAUCCGAGUUCAACAUCGAAUGCCACAUCAACACAGGGUAAAGUCAUAGUGCCGAGUGUAUACUCGGUAAUGCCCGUCACAUGGUCGUCUUCAAAUCUUGCUAUGGAAGCAAUGUCAAGAUUCACUGCUCAACAUAUCACAGUUAAAGAUUCUGGUGAGAAAAAAUCAUUAGAUGAAAAUGGUAAUGCAGUGCAGGGUUACAAUAAUGGUGAACGAAAGAAAGUUCGUCGAAAGCAUACGCAAGAGCCAAAUGUCAUUGUCUAUAAAGCAGGUGAAGUUGAGGGUCAUCGUAAUACGGAUGAUAUUGCCAGUCUUUUGAAUUUCAUUGAAAAUAAAGAGUCAAAGGGAAAAAAGGGCAAAACAGGUAAUGGUGGUGUGCGUGUAAAAGCACAAAAUUCAGGCGCAAAACCAAGAAAUCGUGAUAAAGACACAAAACGUGAACAAAUACCCGCCAAUAAACUUCAUAAAUCAAAUUCACUUGAGGAAAUUUCAAAAACAAAACUAGAAGAUCUCACUAUUGAAAAGUGUACGAGUUCGAGUGGCGCGAGUAGCGUUUCCAGUCAACACAGUGCAGGAAACGUGUCACUGCGAAGAUCAAAGCAACGCAGUACGGGCGACUCGGCUGAUUCGAGGGGCGAUCGACGUUCCUGGGGCACUGAGGAGGGUCAAUCGAUUUAUUGCAACGACACUGGUGACGAAUAUACAACGCGUCGUAAUUCAACGAGAAAAAUGAACACCACUGAAUCGGAGGCAGAACCCGAAUUUCUUGUCGUGACAAAAAAGAAGAAGAGCAAAAAACAAAGACGCAGCUCAAGCGGUAGUCGGGCACAAAAUUUGUCAACAUCUGGCUCGUAUCUUCAAAGAUCGCGUGGAUUCUCCAAUGAUUAUCGAACGCCAUUGUCACCUGAAUUGAGGAGGAAAUCAGCAAGCAGCAUGCCUCCAAGCGAUAAAUCGGACAGCAGUGAUUUGGAUUCGGUGCAUUCGUUGCCAGUUACGUCAAACACGGAGAAGCAUAAUUUAACAAAAACGCCAAAUUCAUCGGGUGGCACACCGCAAGCGAGUUAUGCGGAUAUUGCGCGAAUGGUCUCAAUAAAUAUGACUAAUUCGAUAUUACAAGAUACGCACAUGGUGCCACCGAAUGUAUUAAACAACACAAAUUGGCCAAGUGUUGUCACAACAGCAACAACAACAACAAAAGCAACAUCCGAACCCGAUAAAUUAACACACGAUUCAUAUCCAAGUCUCGAUGAAAUUCAACACGGCGAUCGACGUUCGAGACAAAAUAAUUUUGCCCACAAUCAUGUGCCCAGUGGAUUAAGUUUAAGUUUCGAUAAACCACCAUCGCCAGUUAUGAUGAUGAUGAAAUCGAAAAUUGAUAACAAAAAAGCCGAGGCUCGCGAAGAGGCAAUCAAUAAAAAUAUUCAAGUCUUUAAAUAUGUUCAAGAUAUUGAAAAAAUGCAACAGAGCUUGACGCAGGAUAAUAAAACCAACAACUCUAGUCCAAAUUCAAAUGAAACAACACCGACAAAUCCAGUGCCACCGAAAAUUACAAUGUCACCAAUUGAAUUUGAUUUAAACAGUUCGAAUGACAGCGGUAAAGAAUCAUCGAAAAGUAAUAAUUCACGUAUUAGAAAAAAUCAUGAAGAAAAUACAAAAAAGUCAGAAAAUCAAGAAACAAAAAUCGAUAAAAAUAAUGAAGAAGCAGAGAGUAAAUCACGAAUAAAAUCAUGGACACCAAGUGCUUCCAAUACAUUAACAAAAAGUGAAAAAUUCACCAAAGCAUUAAAUCCAAAAUCAAAUUCAUCAUCAUCAUCAUCAUCUAGAAACGGUCGUGACGAUAGUGAGAAAAAAUCAUCGAAUAAUGUAAAAAUUGAAAAACUUAAUAAUAAUACAAAAGAACAACAAAAAUUAUUAGAUAAAAAAAAUCAUUCACGUCCAGCGGUAAUACUUCUUGAUGAAAAUAAUUCGGAAAAUUUCCGUAAUUCCGAUUCAAGUGAAUUAACAUUUGGUUUUGAGAUAAAUGAACAACUUUUACUUGCCGAGGAUAAUGAUGAAUCAACUCCAAUUAGUCCUAUUUUUUCACCAGGAAUUGUACCGCCGCCAUUUAAUAAACCACCGCCACAAUUGACGUCAUCAUCAUCAUUAUCAUCUGCUGCUGCUGCUUCUUCUUCUACAUCAUCAAGUGGUCAUCAUUUAAAUCAAACGGCGGCAACAUUAACAAAUACGUAUCAAAAACAUGUGAGAAUAUUUGAUAAAUAUCCGGGUAAUUUCCAUAUGAAUCAUCCGGGACAUCAUCCAAUACAUCAUCAUCACCAUCAUCAUCAUCAUCAUCCACAUCAGGGUAUGCCAAUUGCCCAUGUUAUGCAAGCAUCGCCAAAUGUAAUAUUUAGGUUUCAACCGCCACCGGUGUUUAUAAGACCGCCGCCAAUUGUAUCGCCUGGUGGUAAUUUGGAAAAAUUCAUACAACAUCCACAUCAUCAAAAGGAGGAUUUUUCAGCGCGUUAUGUUGCACCUGAACGAACUGUCAAUGUUCAAAAUUACAAUCAUGAUAAGAUUGUCUCCUUUGUUGGAUUAGCAUGGGAAGAUGUGAUGAAGGAAAUGCCAGCGACAACAACUGGUCGUGUACGAUAUUACAGUGGACAGUGAGAAAUAUAUAUAUAUACCUCUAUAUAUAUAUAUGUUUAAAAAAAAAACAAACAAAAAUGAAAAAAAAAUAUAUUUAAAAAAAAAAGAAACAGUAAUUUUAACAAAAAAAAAAAGUGCUUCGUAUAACAAUAAACAAAAUAAAUAAUAAUUAAUUUACGUCUUCAAGAAUCCGUCGACCGAACAUUAGUGCGUUUAUUAAAAAAAGUGUGCGCGGAUUUAAAAAAUAAAAAAAACUGCAAGUUCAUCAUUGUUCUCCCGUAAACGAGAGAACAUUAAAAAAAAAAAAAAAACUUUUAGGCUGAUUUUUAAACGAUGGAAAAAUAUUUGUGUUCGUAAAUAGUGAAGAAUGAAUAAAGAAACGAGGAAAUAGUCAAAGAAAAAAGUGAAAAUAGCAAAAAAAAAAAAAAUGUGAGUAAUAAUAAAUAAUUUUUUUUUUCUUAAACGGGGAAAGUAGUAAUAAUUAAAGAAAUAGGAGGGAAAAAAAAAUAGUCGCGCGAGAAAAUAAUGAAAAAAAGAAAAUUAAAUAGUCUAGAGAAAAAUAGCCAAAAAAAAAGAAGAAGAAGAAGGAGAAGGAGAAGAAUAUUUGUGAACGGAAAAUAGUUAAGAAAGACAAUUCAAAGUGAACAGAAGAUAGUCAAAAGAACAAAAGAUUAAAGGAAAGAAGAAGAAAAUUGUGUUUAAAAAAAAAAAGUAGUCAACGUGAAAAAAUCAAUAAUAAAGAAAAAGAAAUAGUCUAGAAUACAAUAAAAGAAAGAAACGGAAAAGAAGCGAAUAAAAAAGAAAGGAAAGUCAGAAAAGAAAUAGUCAGGGAUAAAAAGAAAAUCUGUGUGAAAAAUAUAAACCUCAAAGGUUAAAAAAAAAAACUAAUUUAUCGAGAAUAUUCACAAUCUCGUGUCGAUUUGAUUCAAAUUCUGAAUCAACGAAGCCAAGUGGCGCAAAUGAGUGCCUCAGGUAGUAGAAGAAAAAAAAAGAAAAUGAAAAAAAAAAAGUUGUACAUAAAGAGUGAAAUAGUCGAAGCGGUUUUCGGGUAAAAUAAAACAAAAAAAAAAAAAAAAAAACUUCGAAAAAAAUCCUGAAAACACGAAAAAAAAACCAAAUAGAACAAUUUUGAUUCCCGUGCGGAGUGUGUUUUGCGAUUUAAAUCGAACAUUUUUUCUGCCGGGAAUGUAUGUCAAUCAAAAGUUGAAGAAAAAUGAGAAGAAAAAGAAGAAGAAAAUAAAGGUGAAAAAAAAAUUCAUACUGUACAGUUUCGUCCAGAAAGUUGUAGAAUCAGUAAAGAGAGAAAAAAAAGGUAAAAUACAUACAUAGAAAAAAAAACAACAAGGGGUCCUCAAAGUCAGUAGAAUGCAAACUUGUAAAUAAACUUGGAUCAUCCCUUGUGAAAUUUUUAUUAUUUUUUUUUUUUUGCCGCAAAAAAAAAUUUGUUUUUAGUGUGUUUGAAAAGAAAAACAUUUAUUUAAUAAUUGAGAAUUGUUAACAGAAACAAAUAUAUGUAUAUAUAAAUAUAUUAUAAAUAUAUAUAUAUGUAUACAUAUAUUUGUAUAUAAAUAUACACACCCCUGAUAUUGGAAACUAAAAAAAAAAAAAUAAAAAAGAAAUCUCCAGAAAACAGAAAAACGGAUCAUGUCGAAUUUAUAAUUUAAAAAAUGCGAUGGAUCUUUUUUGUAGUUAAUCGCGAGCUGGAUUACGCUUAGACAUCUUCUUUUACAAUGUAGGUGAAAAGAGAAAGAAAGAAAGAAAGAGGAAGAAAGAGAAAAGAAGGAAAAAAAUCCAAAUAACGGAAAAUCCAGAACUGUAAAAAAAAAUAUUUAGAGAAAAAAAGAAGGAAAAAAAAAUGACGUUUUUGAAAAAAAGGGGGAGAGAAAGUUGACUUUUUUUUUUCUUUUCUUUGUGUGUUGGUUUGUGCAAAGGUAAUUGCAACCUUUUUAUACAGACUCGCGUAUAUAAAUAUAUACAUAUAUAUAUAUAUAUUUAAUGAGACUCAUCAUCUGUAAUUUACAAUUAAUUCUAUAUUAUAAUGUAAAGAUUCUUUUGAAAAUAUAUUUGCGAACGUUUAACGUGUGUAUGUGUAAGAAUAAAGAAUGAGAGUGAAAAAGAAAGAAAGAUAAUAAUUAACGAAUGAUAAAUUUGUAGAAUUAUUGUCGUUUGCGCUUUUUCUUCUCAUAAUUUUGCUGUUCGAACCUAAUUUUAAAUCGAGAAAGAGAGAGAAAUUGAAAAAAAAAAAAAAUGCUUGUAAAUAUCGCGGGAAGAGCUAGACUGUUUUGUUGUUAGAAUAAUGCUUUAGUCGUGUGAAUGAUUUUUUUAAAAAAAAAUUUAUUUAUUUUCUUUUUUUUUUUUUAAUUUUUAUUUUAUUUAGAGAACGAGAACACGUCUCGCGAUUCGAUUAUUUUUAUUAUGGACAUAAAAUAUUUUCUUUUUUUCUGGGACAAAACGAAAAAAAAAAAAAAAUUACAAAAUAAUACAAAAAAAAGUUCGUUAAAAAAAAAGUAGUUAAUAAUUUUUACCAAAUUAAAUAAGGAUAAUUUAAAAAAAAGUAAAAAAUUCUAAAUUUUUUUUAUUCUUAACAAAUCAAAAUAGAAACAAAAUGCAAAAAAGUCAAAAAAUUUUUUUUUUUUGUUGAAAUUUUUAUUCUCUUAGAUAUAGAAAAUUGCAUGUAAAGUUUAUUCGCUGUUUUUUUUUCUCUCUUUAAUGUUUAAAUUUUUGACAAAAAAACUGUCGAGAAUAACUAUUAUUGAAGUGUGACUCGUUCUCAAAAUAUUUUUGUUUUUUUUUUUUUUUUUUUGAAAAAAGAAAAAUGUUAGAACGAUUGAAAAAUUGAAAAUUUUGAAUUUCCCGCUGGAUGGGAACAUGUUUUUCUUAUUUUCACUUUAUUUUUUCUUUUUUUAUUAAUUUUCAAAUUUUUUUUUUUUUCUUUUACUAUUUUAAGAUUAUGAAAAUAAUGAUAAUAAUAACAAUCAACAAAAUAAUAAUUAUUGUUAGUAUUUAAAUAAUAAUUAUUUAAAUAAUAAGAAUAAUUAUUUUCAAAAAUUUUGUUCAUAAAUUAUAUUAUUAUUAUUAUUCUUUUCUUCAUGGAGAAAAACCAACGAGAACAAAUGUGUUUAUUAUCAAAAAGUGUUCUUCCAAUUGUAUCAUAUUACAUAUAUAUUAUAUAUAUAAAAAAGAAAAAAAAAGAAAUGAAACAAAAAUCUUCGCGUCCUUCCAAUUUUUGUCCGCGCGUGUGUGUGUGUGUGUUCGAACAGCAAUUAAAAUGGGACAGAAAAAAAAACAAAAUAAUAAUAACAAAACAAAAAAAAAAAAAAGAAAGAAAAUCAUACAGAAUCAAUUUAUGUAUAUAUAUAUAGAGAAAGAGGAUUUUUUUUUCUUUUUUUGUUGAUCUAUCCUCGAAUAAAAAGCUUUGCUCAAACAUUUUGCAAUUCCUAGACCGAAAAUUAUAUAAAAAUCAAAUUUUUUAGGAUCGUUUUUUAGAAUUAUUUUUCUUUUUCUUGUAUUUUCUUUUCUAUUUUAGUUUUCUGUUCAUUUUUUUUCUCUUUAUUUAUUUUUUUGCUUUUUCCUUUUUAUUUUCUUUAUUUCUAAUCAAUAAAUUAUUUUAAAUUAUUAUUUAUUUUUACAAUUUUUUUUUUUGAUUUAUUUAUUCAAUAAAUAAUUAAUAAUAUUUCUUUAUUUAAUAAAUAGUUUAUAACAUUAUUUAUUAAUUAAAGCAAUUAUUUGAAUUAUUAUUUAUUUAAUAAAUAUUUUUUCUUACUUUUUUUUUUAAUUUUAAAAAAUUUCUUUUUAUCUGUAAUUAUGAUUAUUUUCUUUCAUUUACAGUCUUUCUCUCUUUCUCUCUCUUUUUCUAAGUGGAUAAAUCUUAUUUUUAAAAUAAUAUAAUUUGUAAGUUGGUCAGGGGAUUGCGACUUGAUUGCCUUGUUUUUCUUUUUUUUUUUUUUUUUAAUUAGUAUUAACUUUAAUUAAUAAUGUAAAUUAAUUUAAAUUUCGCAACAUUAACUUCGUGUGUCGAUUUUCUCUCCUGAGAUGAAAAGGAAAAAAAAAUGUAAUUAAAAACCACACCGACAAAAAAGAAAAUAUGUAAAAUCGGAAAAUUUCAGGAAAUAAGCCUUUAUAUUUUAUCGGCUCUUGUUUUUAGUUUUGAACCGAUGAAAAUAAUUAGGCAAAAACCUGAUAAAUUCGAUUUUUAUUUUUUGGCGGUACAGCUUCGAAAAGAAAACAUGCAAAAAAAAAAUAAAAUAAGGGGACAUUUUUUUUUUUUGAAUUAAUGACAAAAAUAGAAAAUCACGAAAAUAUAAUUCGGAUUUAGAAGUAAAAAUUACAUUUUAUCAUGGAACAAUAAUUUUUUUUUUUUUUUUUAAAUAAAAGUUUUUAUUUUUUUUCUUUUUUUCUUUAUUUUGGGGAGAAAGAGAAACUAGAGGGAUUGGCUGCCAUUAUGGAAUAAAAAUCCGCUUUUUAAAUUUAAUAGUAAAAGUCAUUGCACAGUUUAUUUAUUUAUUUUUUAUUAUUAUUACUAUUAUUAUUUUUAUUAUUAAUUAAUAUAACUGUCAUUAUUAUUAUUAUUGCUAUUAAAAUAUGUUUUUUUUUCGUCUACAUUCCCGAAAUCUCAAAAGGGGCAGAAAUUACAAAAAAAAAAAAAAAAUAUUUUGAAUUACGAGUCGCGGACUGUAAAAAUAAAUGAAGAAAAAGAUUUUAAAAAAAUUGAAAAAAAUUUUUAGAAUUAUUUUUUUAAAAUAAGAUAAUUUUUCUUUAACUAGUUCCCUUGAGAGCGUUUAACUAAAGGGAUUUUUUCUAUUACAAAACUUGAUGUGUGAUGUGUAAUCUUGGGCAUUAAAAAAACAAAAAUUCAUCAAGUUAAUUCACAAUUUUUUUUAACCGCUAUUAGAAUUCAAAUCAAUUUCCAUAAUUUUAAAUGUAUAUAGGAAUUUUUUUUUUUUAAUUUCACUGUGAAUUUAGCAAAAAUUUCUCUCGUUAUUUCAAAACAAAAUUAUUAGAAAAUAAAAGGGAAAUAAAAUUCUAAUACAAUUUAAUUUAAAACAAAAUUUUCAUUUUUUUUUUUAUAAAUAAAAAAGGCUUUUAAUUUUGAAUGAAAAACAAAAAAAAAAGCUUUCCAUUGUUUUUCAGUAAUAAGACAAAAAUUUUGACUAAAAAAAGUAAAAAAGAUAUUUUUAAAUUGGAACAUUUUAAUUUUUUAAUUUUCUAUUUUUCAUUUUAAUAUAACAAAAAUUAUCACUGUCGAUAACUACUGGGAUUUUUUUAUUUUACUUGAUUUUUAAUUUCAAAUCAAAUGUAAUUUCAAUUCUAAAAUAAAAAAAAUUUCAAUUAGAAAAAAUAAAUAAAAAAAAAAAAUUCAAGAUUUUAUAAUGUGGAAGGAAAAAGAGUUUAUUCACGAAUUACUUAUUUUCUGUUUUUCUUUUUUUUUUUUUUAAUUGUGUAGAGAAUUAAAAAGAGGAAAAAAAAUUCAAUUAUCAAAAUCAAUUAAUUUUAUUUUUUAAAUUAUUAAAAAAAAAUUGUUAAAUGUAAAAAAAAAAUUUUUAUUGAUAAUAGAAAUUUUUUUUUAUCCAAUAUUCUGAUUUGAUUUUGAGUUUUUUUUUCUUCUUUUUUUUUUGGGCAUUUCGGAAAAAAGAUCGUGGAGGCUUCAUUGAAAAAAAAAAAUGAUUGUUUAUAAACGAUCUCAAUUUCCUAUUAUAGCCUUUGUAUACAAAUGUAUAUUUUACUUUGUUAUUAUUAUGUAAAAACACUCCACGAUUAAUGUAAAUAUAUUAAACUAUAUAAAUGAUUAUGUAUAGAAAUGAAGGACAGUCUGUGACAUUUAUUAAUUAUUAUUAUUAUUAUUAUUAUUAUCGCUAUUGUCAAACUAUUCGAUGACUAUUACUAUUAUUAUUAUUAUAUUGUAACUAUUAUUAUUAUAUUAUAAUUAUAUUAUUAUUAUUAUUAUUAUUAUUAUUAUUAUUAUUAUUAUUACUAGAUAUUAUUUAAAAAAAAGAACUUAUCAUUAUGGUUAAUUAUAAUGAAAAAGAAAUGAAGAAUGUAUUUGUGUGAAUAAAUAUCUGUUUGCGUGUGUAUGUGUG